AUGGCAUUAGCAUUCCCACCUCAUGCUAUACAGGCUAUAUUGGAUAUUGCCAAUGAUCUUACGAAUUGUCAUUCAAAUGUCAAUGCCAAUAACAGCAAUAACAACAACAAUAAUAACAACAGUAGCAAUAUCAACAAUAAUGUCACAGAUGUAAAUACUACAACAACAACAACUACUACAACGACUACUACACAGACAACACAGACGACACAGACACAGACUACACAGACACAGACUCAGACACAGACUUCAGCAGCUGUAUCAUCAUUGUUCUUAAAGAAUAACAUUGAUGAUAUGUAUCCGAACUGGAUGUCAGAACUCAAGAUGGCAAGAAGAAACAACAAUGCGCACCUAUUCAGGAGCAUCCUUGAUCAGCCAAUGAUCAACAUUGAAAGACUGCGAGCAAUCAGUUUCAGUGGCAUCCCAACAGAGCAUCGUCCACUAGUCUGGAAGAUACUACUCAACUACUUGCCACAAGAGAAGAGACAACAUAACAAGAUAUUGUUUGAUAAGAGGAAUCAAUAUGUACAGUUGGUUACAAAGUUCUAUCAUGCAGAUAUGUCAAAUGAGGACAAGGCAUUGCUCAAUCAGGUCAAGUUGGAUGUGCCUAGGACAAUGCCAAAGGGAUUCAAUCAGACACCUUUGUUCAAGUCUGCCAUACUACACAAGGUGUUGGAACGCAUUCUCUAUGUCUGGUCCAAGACCAACCCUCUCAUAUCAUACUAUCAAGGUCUAAAUGACAUACCAGCUCAGUUCCUACUUGUAUUCCUAACCCAAUAUAUAAACAUUUAUGGCAACCUGGACGACUUGACUACAGACAUCCUGGACAAGGUUGAGGCCGACACAUUCUGGUGUCUAUCACUUCUCAUGAACAACCUAAAGAAUCGCUUCAUCAACUUCCACGAUGGCUUGACGAGGAUGACAGUGAAGCUGGAGCAACUUGUAAAGUUGAAGGAAGGCAGACUGCUGAACCAUCUACAGAAUGAGGGAUGCGACUUUAUCCUCUUCUCACUGCGUUGGAUGAUUUGUUUGUUGUGUCGCGAGUUUGAGUUCCGUCUGUGCAACAGACUUUGGGACAGCUACAUUGCUCAUGGACCCAACUUUGGCUACUUCCACAUCUACGUAUGCGCUGCACUGAUCACCAACAAGGAGUGGCUGCCCUCGUUGCUCAAGAAGGAGUUCUCCGACCUCAUUGUCUUCCUGCAGCGUCUUCCCACCGACAAUUGGAACAUUCAUCACAUUGAUUAUCUGCUGGUCAGUGCCUAUCACAUCUUUUUGUCAGAGAUACAGCAUUCGGUGCAAGAGUCCACGCUCAAACUGGUUGGACUGUUCACAACAAGGAGUAUGGCCAACAUCAGUCACGGUCACAGCAACAGCGAGCAACAGAUGGUGCAACUACAUCAACAACAACAUCCAUCGGACAAUAGGAAUCGUGAGUUGCUAGACAACCAGAUGCGAAGCAUCUACUCACAGUUCAUGAGACAGCACAACAACAAUCGUCUUUCAUCAUCAUUGUCGUCGACUGCUCUGGGUGUCGACCUGCCCGCCGCCACCAACCUGCCCCGCCUCGCGCCACCAUACCGUCUGCAAGACCGUGCUAGCUCUAUGCUCUCAAUGAUGACGCCUGGUGCAGUGACCGCAGCGGAUCCACUCAGUCCACCACUCAGCAUAAGGAACAACAGUGACGACGAUCAACUACUGCCCACAUUGAACAUUGACAGCGAUCUUAGGACAAGUUUGUUACAACUGCUGCCGUCACAUUUGAACAUGUUCUCUAUAUCGCCAGAGGGUGCCGAUGAAGAAUUAGUCAAACAGAUCACACUACAUCUAAUGGUCAUCAUUGGAGCACUACUAUUUGUCGGUGUCAUACUGAUCAUUGUAGUAAUAUCAAUCUGUCUAACAGUGGUAUCAUUGGAAUACUAUAACAACAACUAA